GAGGCGGGGCUCAGCCAGGCGGAUAAAAACCUCCCUCGGCUGGGCAGUCAGGAGCACAGCACGGCCACCAAGCCGACGCGGCCCUCCUCGCUCCCGACGCCGGCCCCAGCCUCGCCUCCUCCUCCUCCUCGGUGCCCUCUUCGCCCAGAUACUCACCUCAUCCUCCUAACUGCUGCUGCUGCACUUGGCUGCAGCCCAGAUUGCUUGCAAAGCUGGCUCCCUGCGCCAUGGUCACCCACAGCAAGUUCCCCAGUGCCGGGAUGAGCCACCCGCUGGACACCAGCCUGCGCCUCAAAACUUUCAGCUCCAAGAGCGAAUACCAGCUGGUGUUGAACGCUGUGCGCAAGCUGCAGGAGAGCGGCUUCUAUUGGAGUGCAGUGACAGGCGGGCAGGCCAACCUACUGCUGAGCGCCGAGCCCACUGGCACCUUCCUUAUCCGUGACAGCUCGGAUCAGCGCCACUUCUUCACUCUCAGUGUCAAGACAGAGUCUGGUACCAAAAACCUGCGGAUCCAGUGUGAAGGGGGCAGCUUCUCACUCCAGAGCGACCCCCACAGCAGCCAACCUGUCCCGCGCUUUGACUGUGUCCUGAAGCUGGUCCAUCACUACAUGCCUCUCCCUGAGCAUCAGCAGCAUCAGCAUCCAGGGGAGGUGUCACGCCCCAAGCGUGCCUACUACAUCUAUUCUGGGGGAGAGAAGAUCCCCUUGGUGCUGAGCCGCCCCCUCUCCUCCAACGUCUCCACUCUGCAGCAUUUGUGCCGUAAGACAGUCAAUGGCCACUUGGACUCCUAUGAGAAGAUGACCCAGCUCCCGGGUCCCAUCAAAGAAUUCCUCAACCAGUACGAUGCACCCUUCUAAGUGGAACUCUUCCCUCCACGUGGACAGAGAUGAGGUGGAGAGAGCCCAUGACACAAGCACAAGAGCAGAGCAGGGGAGAAAUGAGGAAAAAGGAGAUUUAUGUACAACAAAGACAACUUUUUUUUUUGUCCUGGCUUGUGGAAUAUGUGAGGAGGAGCCACAAUGUGGAAGGGAGAGCUGGCAUGCCAAGUGGGCAAGGAUCCUCUGCCCAGAUCAGAGUAACUGUCCUGCUGUUGUUUGUGUUGGAUGGUUUUCCAAGGGGUGCUUUAUGCAGGAGAGAGACUGAUGCUGCUGGACUAUGUAACAGGCUGUUGUUCCUUGAGAUAAUUGUCUGUUUGGCCUGUACUAGUUAAGAUAGAAUGGUUUGCAAACUUCACUAACUGAUGGACAGUUUACAAUGAGCUUUUGCUCUGCACUGGCCCCACACCAUUUCUAAUGACCUCUGACCAAAACCAUUCUGCAGACAAUGGAAUAAAUGCACUGGAAUCCAGCUAGUGCCUGAAAACCAACUUUUCCUCAGUUUUAAGAGGAAACUUUUUUUAAAAAUAAAUAAAUCUUUACCUCUCUCAACCUCCAGGAGAGGCAGAAUUUCUCCUUACCCAAGCCUCUUUCUCAGAGGAAGCUGCCACCCAUGAGACUAAGCCUUAAAAAAAGAAAGAAAUUUAUGUCCUCCUCCUAUCCCAUGGACUGAUUUAUUACUGCACAUCUUGCACAGAAAGAUUGUCAUUCACUUUCUGUGGCAUUAUGCAAACAAAGGAGGACUUCAUUCUGAGAAAUCACAUAACUGCUGGAACAACAACAUGGAUGAUGAAUGAACUAGCAAUUUUUCCUGAAGUGUUAUUCCACCUGAGCAUCUCUGCCUGGACUGAUAAUCUCCUGCCUUUAUCCAUGGGUUUUCAGAUUAAUUGUCUUGCAUCUACAGCAUAAGUUGUAGAUUUGGGUCCUAAAUCGCACUGAAUAACUGAAAGACUGAAAAACAUACAGGAAUGUAGCAACAACAGAAUUACCUGGAACUCUUAUAUAAUUUUUUUUUAAAAAAAACUGUAAUCCAAAUUUUGUGUGUUCAUCUUAUUUUUUUCCAUAUCAGGGUUUUAGAAGGGCAGAUGAGGUUUUGUUUUUACAGAAAGAAAUGUUUACAGACCUGCCUAAAACAAUAUCAUUCUGUCUUUUAUAAAGAUUCCACCCUUCAGCCUUGCAGGCUGUUAGACAUGCUUGAAGACUCAACCAAAAAAUCAAACUUGGAAGAAAACUUUGCACAUCUAUUUAUAUUUAUAUUCAAGGGAUUUUAAAUACAACAUUUGUUAAUUUAUAAUAAAAAGCACUAUUUUUUAAAUGAA